AUGUCUGGCCGAGUCACCAAGGACAAGACCAAGUCGCCCAAGGUGCGCAAAACAGCCGAACCAAAGUCCGAGAGCGCCACCGCUGAUGCCAGUCUGGUGCUGCUUUGGCUCUGCUACAAGAACAAUGGCGGGAAGACUGUCAACUUUGACAAAGUCGGAGCCGCCCUGAACGUCUCGCCUAUCGCAGCCAAGUCCCGUUUCCGUCGACUCAAGGAGCGCAUGGAUGCCGUGGUGGAGGCCAUGGAGAACCCCAAGAAUGGAAAGGGUGAGACUUCGCCUAAGGAGGAGAAGGCCGACUCUGCAUCCCAGCCGGCCCAGCAGGAUGCCCCAGAUGCUGGACCGAUGGACCUCGAGGACGAUCUCACAACAGAUGUCUAA